AUGUUUUGUGCAAUUAGCGGGAAGCCUCCUAAAGUUGCAGUCGUUUCUCCAAAUUCAAAAUGUGUGUUUGAAAAAUCGCUGAUUGAAAGUUAUGUGGAACAAAACGGCGUGGAUCCAAUAACGAAAGAUGCUCUCUCGAUAAGUCAACUUAUUGAGAUUGCGCAAACACCUCAACAAUAUGCCCUUACAAAUGCAGUGAAUUCCUCGACUUUAAAGUCCAACUAUAGUAUUCCCAAUUUACUUACAUCGCUACAAAACGAGUGGGAUGCGGUUAUGCUUGAAAAUUUCCAACUCAGACAACAAUUGGAUACUUGCAAGAAAGAACUAUCCACUGCAUUAUAUCGUUACGAGGCGGCAAUGCGAGUUGCAACAAGAGCCACCAUGGACGCUGAUAAACUCAAACAAGAACUAACUACUUUGACCAAAAACAUUGGUAUAGAACAACCUUCUUCAGAAGAAUUAGAUCCUCUGCCCGAAGACAUACUUCAAUCGUUCAUUCAAAGAUCUGCAGCCGUUGCCAAAGAAAGUAGAAAGAAGAAAAUCCAGGCUCUGCCGCCAGAUACUUUCACUUUUGAAGCUGAACAAAACACCUAUACCAUGCAAGAGGGAGAAUAUAAUUUUUCAACUAGAUUCACUAAUGGCAAUUCAUUGACGGGAAAGCUCACAACGCUAUAUUCUACCAACGGACAGUGCUAUCUGUUGAAGGACGUCAAAAGCCUGGGUUCACUCCAUAAUGUUACACUUGAUGCCGGAAAGACCACUUAUGCUCUUCCCCUAGAUGGAUCCAACAUAAUUAUCGGCACAGACGAGGGGUCCCUUGGUAUUUAUGACCUGGAAUCCCACCAAACCCGAAAAUUGUCGUCAAAGGUGCACGAUGGCCCAGUGGUAAAUAUAGCAUGGCCCAAUGCCGUUACUGAGGAUUUUUUCAUCUCCGUGGGCUCUGAUGGUUCCAUUGUCUUUACAAAUCUAAAGGAGACAACAUCCUUCUCUCUGAUAAGACCAAAUUUCAACACAACAUUUGCAGAUGUUCACAAGGAUGGUUUAAUUAUAUUGUUGGGAAGCAAAGAAGAAUUGUUCAUUUAUAGCAUAUCCAAUUCAGAAAAUGACCCCAUAACGGUACCCCACAAUCCAAAUGAAGCGGGAGAAAUUGUCUCUGCCAAGUUUGGCUUGAAUGGGUACUGGCUUCUCCUAGCGACUGCCAAUUCUUUCAAAGUUCAUGAUUUAAGGAAGCCUGCUUUACCUUUUGCAGUAGAACCCAUUGUUUUAGAAAACAAAAUCAUAAAAGCUUUUGACGUCGACCCUGCUUGCAAGCUUCUAUUUCUUUUGACAGAGGGACCAGAUGAAUUGGUCGAACUACAUCACUACCAAUACAACAAAUCGGAUAAAACAUGGAUUUUGCAAUGGUCAAAAGAUACCAAUGUGGAACUCAAGAGAAAUAGGAUUGACAACAUUAAUUACGUGCAACAAAAUGAAACAACUUAUCUCCAAGUCCUUUCCGGAAAUGCUAUACUAUCUGUACAAUUAAAUAAUUAA